AUGACCAAGUCAAGAAAUUACAAUUCAGAUGAGAACCGCCAGAACCUGGAGGAAGAGUUUAACACUUUGAGAGAAAAGUAUGAGAGAGAGGCUCGUGGUCGAGGGGAUGUGGAGGACAGCAUUUCAGUACUAAAGAAAUGCAUUAAUGACGCAUAUCUAACCAAACAAGAGAUGGACAGAAAAGCUAAAGCUCUCGAAGAGGAGAUCGGCUUCUUGAAGAAAAAUCACGAAAGUGAGGUAGCCGAAAUGAUGGCCCAAAUCCAAGAGGGUCAUGUGACAGCAGAAAUGAGUGAUUUUAGUAGAAGUGAUGUCACUGCAGCUCUGAGAGACAUCAGGAUGCAACUUGAAGGUCACACCGACUCUGACAUCCGAGAUGCUGAGGAACGCUUUCGAGCACAGCUCGCUAAACUGACCAAAGCUGCUGAGGUCAACAGAGAAGCGCUCAUGACCACUAAAGCAGAGAUUAAUGAACACAGGAGACAGCUCCAGUCCAGGAACAUUGAGCUCGACUCUGUGAAAGGUGUGAGAGAAGCGCUGGAGAGGCAGCUGUAUGACCUCGAGCAACGGCACAAUGCUGAAAUCCAUCACUACCAGGACACAAUCAGAGAGUUGGAAUCUGAGCUGAAAAAUGCUAAAUAUGACAUGAGCAGUCAUCUGAGGGAGUACCAGGACCUUCUCAAUGUCAAAAUGGCACUGGAUGCUGAAAUUUAUUCCUACAGAAAACUUUUGGAGGGUGAAGAGUCAAGGUACUCUACAAUCUCAGAUGCUCAUAUUUCAGUACCACACAUUUACAGACAGUCACCCAUCUAUACUCUCCAGGGGGGAGCAACUCGAAAAGCAGAGCCUCAGUACAAAUUUGUCGAAGAGAUUAUUACAGAGACCACCAGAGAAGAUGUGGAGAUAUCAGACACUGGCUCGGAUAAGAGUGGGGAGGGGAGAGAGGGUGACAGACCAGAUGAGGAGAGCAGUGAGAAGGAUGCACAGGGUGAAACUCCACAAGAGGCGGAAGAUACUGAAGAACCAGCCAAUGAAGGCAAUGAAGCCAGUCCUGAGUUAGAAACAGAGGAAAAUGAAGUCAAACCAAGUGAUGAUAAAGAGGAUGAGCCAGCUGAAAAAACUCCAGAUGAUUCUGAGGUACAAAAAGAUGCUGACUCUAAACCAACUCAGGAAUCUACAGAAGAAGCCACUGAUGAACAAGAUAAAGAUGAGGAAUUAGACACAAAAGGCACGGAGCACAAAGACCUGAAGGAUGACAUGCAGGGAAAAGUAGAAGAACCUGAAGAGGAAAAUAAACAAGCUAAAGAGACAGAGAAAGAUGUCCCCAAACCAGAUCUGUCAGAAAAGCAAGAAAUGCCAGAGGAAUCAAAAACUGGAGAAAAAGACAAACCAUCUCAGGAACCGCAAGAUCCUGAAGCAACAACGGAAGUAAACACUAAGCCUGGUGAAGAGACUGUUGGGGUAACCUCUCCAAAAACUGAAGAUGCUAAAGUCUCAUCUCAAGAAUCUACAACAGAGAAAGAAUCAGCUCCAGUGAAACCUGUAGAGGAAGAUACUCCCAAACCAGAUAAACAAGCAACUCCCGAACAUGCUGAGAGUGGAAAACAGACUACUGGAGAGGACGCAAAGGAGGAUACUUCUGCAAAAAAUGACAAAUCUGACAGUAUGAAGGAAGAAACUAAGAAAGCCUAUGGGCCUAUGGAAAAAGACCAAGAGGAUAACAACAAACUAACAGAGAAACCUGUGGGGGAAAAACAAGAGGAUAUGUCAGGUAAAGACGAAAAGGAACACAAACCUGAGGAGUCUGUAGAAGAUAGCAAAGCUGAACUGGUAGACAAUGUGAAAACAGGAAAAGGUGAAAAUAUUAAGGCUGAAGAACCAGAAAAGACACAAAAAGAGGUUUCAAAGGAUGCAGAAGAACAAUCACAACCUGAAAAGUCAAAGAAACAGGAGGACAGCACAAGCAGUAGCAGUCUAGAAAGUGUGACAAUUGAAAAGGGUGAAACUGGCAAGCUAAAAGAAACCGAAAAGACACAAGAAGAAACUUCCAAAGUUGUGGAAGAAAAAUCACUACCUGAGAAGUCACAGAUAACGGAUGACCAAAAAAGUGACAGUGUAAAAACAGAAAAGGCUGAACAUGCGAAGCCUAAAGAAGCAGAAAAGACACAAGAAGAACCUUCAAAAGAUGCAGAAGAAAAAUCACAACAUGAAAAGUCUCAGAUACAGGAAGCUCGCAAAAGUGACAGCGUAGACAGUAUCAAAACAGAAAAGGGUGAACAUGCUAAGCCUAAAGAAACAGAAAAGACACAGGAGGACCUCUCCAAAGUUGAGGAAGAAAAAUCACCUGAGAAGUCAAAGAGACAGGAAAACAGCAAAAGUGAUAGCAGUGCUGAAAGUGUGACAACAAGCGGAGGGGAAGCUGAAGUCACAGAGAAACAGGUUGAUGAAACACCGAGUAAUCAACCCCCCAAAGCCCAGGAAACAACAUCUGAUGCAAAGCCUGAGCAAAAGGAUAUUAAAGAAAGCAAAGAGAUGCCUGAAAAAGCUGAAGAGGUGGAUAGUGUGAUGACCAAAGGCAGUGGAACCAGCAAAGAUGUUAAAAGUGAAGAAACUGUCCAAAAAGACAAAGAAUCAGACAGCGGUGCACAUGAAGUGAAGGCUGCAAAAUCUGAGACGUCAACCAAAACAGAAGCUAAAGCUCUGGAGAAGACAGAGCAAGUCAAAGACAGCAGCAUGGAGGACAACGUGGACACCAAAGGUCCAGAAGAAACAACUAAACCCUCUAGUGUAAAGUAGAAUAUAAACAGCAGAAAA